UUUCUCUACUGUUCUCGUCGUUUUGAGAUUCGAUUCCGCCUGCUAACACUGCGCUACGUAGUUGUGCCUUGGCACCAGUUGCCCAUAGGUACCUAGGCAUGCACUUAUGCGUGCUCGCACUACGUACCUAAAGGAAUACCUAUGCGUAAAGAGGUGUUACAUAAGACGGAGAUUCGGACUACCUGCCCCACCAAAUAUUUUUUGCGACUAUGGCGUGUGUUGUGUGUCUCUGCUACCAGCUCGAUCACUAUUGUCUUGAACCUCUCUCACCAUCUCCAUCCCCCCGCGAAUAAGCAUCCUCUAGAAAUUCCGGAUACCACGUCGCGAACUCUGUCAUGCAAUCCACAUUUACGGAGGAAAAGUGUGAGAUCUGCACACUUGAAAAUUCACCAACCUGGAUAUCGUCGCAAGGAUUCGCCGGGCGCUCUGGAAGAUUCCUAGCUCUGGCUGGGGGCUGUCAACCAGAAGCGGCGUCGCAAUGGCUCCGAGCACGGCUAAUGGAAGCCUUGCUGGGGCCAAGCUGCACGGACGGGCAUUCUACGAGAGCAUAGGUAGCCCCAAAUUCGUUCUGGCGCCGAUGGUUGAUCAGUCCGAGUUCGCCUGGCGUAUGCUCACCCGAUCGUUCCUCACCCCUGCCGAGAACGCCAAACUCUUAGCCUAUACCCCCAUGUUACACGCCCGGUUGUAUGAGGAGACGGCGAAAUAUAGAGAAUCGCAUUUCGAAGCAACCAGACCCCCCGAAUCCCACCCCGGCGCCACCAGUCCCGCUCCGAGCUUAGAACCAUCCGUGCCUUUCCUCGACGGCAAUCCUGCCCUGGACAGACCUCUUUUCGUGCAGUUCUGCGCCAACGACCCGGAACACCUGCUUGGUGCGGCGCGGCUAGUCGCUCCCUAUUGCGACGCCGUCGACCUGAAUCUGGGCUGUCCUCAGGGCAUUGCCCGUCGAGGCCACUAUGGCGCAUUUCUCCAGGAGGAUCAAGAGCUUAUAUACAACUUGAUUAAUACCCUUCACAAGAAUCUUCCCGUACCCGUCACGGCCAAGAUCCGGAUACUGGAGACUAAGGAGGACACCCUGGCAUAUGCGAAAAACGUCCUGGCCGCCGGCGCGAGUAUCAUCACCGUACACGGAAGAAGGCGGGAGCAGAAGGGACAUAUGACGGGACUCGCCGAUUGGGAAUACCUACGAUACCUAAGAGAAAACCUACCGAAGGAGACGGUGAUCUUUGCGAAUGGCAACGUUCUCCAGCACGGUGAUCUGGAGAUGUGUCUCGAGGCAACUGGCGCCGAUGCCGUCAUGAGCGCCGAGGGAAACCUGAGCGACCCCGGUAUCUUUGCCGAACCGCCGGCGCCGGGACAAGAGGGCCGGGAAUAUUGGCGGGGAAUAGACGGCAAGGGUGGCUGGCGAAUAGACGCAGUGUUUAGGCGCUACAUGGACAUUAUACAUAGGCACGCGUUCCAACGCGAGCCGCCGACGCGACGGCCGUUGUUUGUGGUUGGGGAUGAUGAGGGCUGGCUUGUCGAGGACGGGAAAGAGGGCGGGCAGGAAGAAGAGGGCCCGGCGCGCAAGAAGCGGAAGAGGGACGGCGGCGGCAAGAACGAGAAAUGCACCUCGCCAAACGUCAUCGGCAUGCGGCCUCACCUAUUCCAUCUCAUGCGGCACCUUAUCUCGAUCCACACGGAUAUCCGCGACGCUCUUGCUAGAUGUCAUGUGGGUGAUAUCCCCACCAUCGAGAAGAUCUUGGAUAUGGUAGAGAGGCGAGUAGCCCAGGGCCUGAUCGAAUACGAGAGGACCGGGGGUGAGAGCAUAAAAACGCCUGAGCCCGAGCCCAAAGUGGAGGGCGACUUGGCCGCGGAAUCGGCGGGAACAGGGGAUGUGGGCGGCAGGGACCACGACCCCGAGAGCUCGGUGGCGACGGUCAAGAAAUGUAAGCGACCGUGGUGGGUCGCGCAGCCCAUAGUACGGCCACUACCGAAGGAGGCUCUGGCGAACGGGAGCAUUAGCCUUAGCAAGAAGGAGAAGAGGAAACAGGAAGAAGCGGCGGCGGCGGCAGCGCAUGCAGAUGGCCAUACGGAGGUCGAUGCGAUCGAUCAGAGGCAGAGCAGCAGCAGCGUAGAGGGCAUCAAGGACACUACUGCAAACAUGGGGAAGCCGGCGGCUACGACUAGCGGGCUCGUCUGCGGAUAGAGACGCCGAUGGGGUCAGAAGGAAUGGAGCAUGUAAGACGAUGGAUUCAUGGCGUCGCAUGCGAGGCCACGUCAAUGGCGUCGUCCGGCUCCCCGCCUAUACCCCUCCUACCGUAAUAGGUGGUAGGAGACGGGGGACAAGAGAAAGAAGGGAAGAAACAUUCGAUGUUCUGAAUCCGGCCUCCGGCGCAAAGCCGAUUACGACGGCGAUUCGCCGAUCGCAUAGCAUCGGUUAGACUGACGCCCGCCUUAAUCGGCACACCCACCUCACUGAUACAUCAUGCCCAAGCGUAUGUACCUACCUCCCAUAGUAGAGGGUAGGUAGGUAUAUUCGUUUCGCAAGCUGGGCCACAUCACCAAGGUUCCCUUCUUCGCAGAGCGCCGUGCCUGAUGUCUUUUGCUUGAAGGAUGGCAUAGACGAGAGGUACUACGCGGGAGGCAUGUACCUUGUCAAGUCGACUCCCUAAACAAGGGGGCCGGCAAUCUCUAGCAGGGGGCUUGCUGCAUAGUAGCCGAGGCAAGGGCACCGAAGCUCCUCCGUCGUCGCGCCGGAUUUAAUCAUGUCGCCGACGGGUUAAGCUAUCGUUUGAUUCCUCCCAGCGUCAGAUGGCUUAGCUCAGCCUACCUAGGUAUUCCUAACCGUGCACUAACCUGCAUACCGGGAUGUAAAAAAUAAAAA